AUGCCUCUCCAAUUCGACCCAGCCUUCCAAAAGGCUGUAGCGCCUGUGUUGGCAGCUAAAGCCAACGGUCCCAAGCCCGAUCUGAGCAAUCCACUUUCUAUUCGAGCUAUCGUGGAACCCGGUUUUGGAAAAAUGAUGGCGCUGCUUCCUGAAGCUGCCGAUGUCAACUAUGAAGAACACCAAAUCCCAACAUAUGACGGGCAAUCCAUUGCAGUAUACCGACACUGGAGAAAAGACCUCGACACAACAACACCACAGCCGGCCAUUCUGCAAUUCCACGGUGGCGGAUUGAUCAUGGGCAAAGCAAAGGUUUUCAAAAGGGCCCAGGAUUUACUUGCCCAAAAGUCCGGCGUGCAGGUAUUCUCUGUCGACUACAGAUUGGCACCGGAGCAUCCUUACCCGACACCAGCAGAAGACGGCUAUUCCACACUGGUCUGGUUGCAGGAGCACGCAGCACAGUUCUCAGUCGAUCCCAAGCGCAUCAUCACACUUGGAGAGAGUGCAGGAGGGAACCUGGUUGCUGGCAUCAACCUCAUGGCUCGGGAUCGCGGUCUUUCGCCUCCUGUUGCAAAGCAGAUGCUCAUCUAUCCCAUGUUGGAUGACCGUAACCAUGUCCCCAUUCCAGCAAUGGAGGGUCUUCUUAUUUGGACACAUGAAUCAAACAUCACUGCUUGGUCUGCUUACCUCGGUGAUGAUUAUGGAACCGAUCGCGUGUCACAGUAUGCUUCCCCGGCUCGUGCGGCUACUGUCAAGGGUCUUCCGAGGACUUACCUGGAGGUUGGUACUUUGGACAUGUUCCUUGAGGAGAACUUGAAUUAUGUUUCGCGGAUUGCCAAGGAGAAUAUCGAGACGGAGCUUCAUGUUUAUCCGGCUCUUCCUCACGGAUAUGAUGUGUUUGCGCCUGUCAGUGAGGCGGCGGAGAGAGCCAUCGCGGAUAGAAUGCGGGCUGUAUUGAGCGUGUGA